AUGACCCGGCGGCCGCUCAAUCCAGAUGAUGAAGAGGGGCUCGAUAGCGACCGGGUCGUUGUCAAAGAGGCGAGGCGGAACUAUCCCCGCAUCUUCCAGAUCAGACAAGGCUCGCAGGCGGAGGCAAGACCAGCUUUGAGGCGGACGACGGCCACCAGCGGCGGUGAAGCGGCGAAGUAUAAAGGCGGCUCAGUCAAGCGGAGCAGCAACGGUAGAUCAAUGCUUGCCUCGGGACUUGAUUCCCUUGCGGAUGCUGCGUACGGAGUAGCAGUUGCAAGGCGUCGGAAGAGCAAGGAUAGCUGCAGCCCUUCGGGAUUCUCCACCAGUCGGGCCGUAGGUAAGAACAUGGCAGAUGAAUCGCCUCCUGCAGAAAACCUCAACCCGGAAUAA